AUGCAUCGUGCACACAAGCCUCAUGAUGGCAAACAACGCGAGUCUCCCUCCAUCUGGGACACCUCGGAUGCUUGGGCGGCAUGCGCCAAAGCACUUAGAGACUACGACGAGGACAUAAUCACCCGCUGGAAAGAGGAGAUUGACACCCUCCUGGUGUUUGCUGGUCUAUUCUCCGCCGUGGUUACCACGUUCAACAUUGAGGCCUACAAACUCCUUCAACAGCAGCCAGAGGACUCAUCCGCCGCUUUACUUGCCCAGAUCUCAGCACAGCUGAAAAGUAUUACCUCCGGCUCCAAUAUCACAGACCCAGAGACUACGGCGGUCGUGUCAUUCAAGCCCAGUGCCUUCGCUAUAAGGCUCAACACCCUCUGGUUCUCCUCCCUCGUUUGCAGUCUUCUGUCUGCAUCGCUCGGCCUCCUCGUCAAGCAAUGGCUGCGCGAAUACCUCGCCGGCGCAUCGAGUGUUUCACGCGAGAGCAUCCGAGUCCGCCAAUUUCGGCACGACGGCCUCCGUCGUUGGCACGUCUCCGCAAUCAUCCUCUUCCUUCCCAUCCUCUUGCAAGUUGCACUCCUCCUCUUCUUGGCUGGGCUUCUCGACCUCCUCUGGACCCUCCACCCUGUUGUCGCCUCAGUCGUAACAGCGCUCGUCGCCGUCGCCGUUCUCUUCCACACUGCAACGAUCAUCCUCCCCAUACCCUCCAAGAACGCCGACUGUCCUUACCGUUCCCCCCAAAGCUGGGCUCUCUGCGCGACCGUCCAGGCGGUAAAGCGCGUCGUGGCAUCCGUCGCCACGCACUAUCACGCGCGUCUCUACAACCCCGGCCCCCUUCCCUCUCACCAGUCCCACACCAACGGACACGGCGCCACGACCCCCGACCCCUUCGCAAGCCGCCUCGACCUCCCGCACUUCGUACAAUCGAAACUCGCCGCGACCCUCAGUGCAUACCUGCAUCGUCUCUCCCUCAUUCGCACACACACCUCCUGGCGCGACCGUGAACGGCGCGUUGGCAUGGGCGCGGCCCUCGACGGCGCGACGUUGGCAGGCGCAGACGCCGCGUUUGUCGACGACGCGUUCCUGCGAGCGGUCGUCCGCCCGUGUAUCGCGGACGUCGGCCCGCGCGCCGCCUUCCGCUGCGUCGACGCAAUUUUGCUGCGGCGUGCCCCGCGCGUGCUGAACGACAUGCCAUACUGGGAAACGGCCGACGGCACGCGAAGCAUCGGGGCGCGGCGCGCGGGGGACCCGACCCUAUACACGCUUAUGCAUCUGCUGCUGGACGUGCUUCAGCGGUUGACCGCGGCGCGCGCAGCUGGCGAAGACGACGAUGGGGAUGACGACGGCGAAGACCUUGGACCCUCGCCGCCGGUGUCGUACGUGCGAGAGGACCCGCGCCGGCGGGUGCUCAUGACGAUGGAUCGGCUCGCUCGCGCGAUCCCGUCUCCUCCUGCCGCGAACAUGAAAGGUAGCAGAGAGGCCAGGCAGGUGCACAUGUUGUUCCGCAGGAUUUUCGAUGUCCUCUCGACAGUACUCGCGGCAGAGGUGGCAAGUGCAACGUCGGAGCGUUUCAUCCGCGAACGCGCCUUCAACCUCAUGCUCAAGAUGUUUCCGCGCUUCCAGGAGGUCGGGCCAACUGGCAUCGAAGCAUUCUGUGCAUACGGCGAACGGUCGCGCUCGGAGAAUGCACCGUACCGCUUCGUUCAAGCAACGUACAUGGCUGUGCGCGCUGCUGCCUUGCUCGCACCAUUGCCUUCAACAUCAAGGUCUUCAACAAUCUCGCCUUGCAUACCAGAAACUUCUGGGCAUGAACGCGAGAAAUCUGCGAUAUCCACAACGUCGACAUCAACCUCGAGCACGUCCAUUCUUAAGCCUGAAUCUCUUGACCAAAGUAUAUCUGUCGACUCGUCAAUUAGCGCCUCAUCCACACUCUACGCCGAACCUGAACAAUAUUCCACCUCCACCCCGGGUCCUGCUGGCAUAUCGUCGAUCCCCUCCUCGCCUACAUCUGAUCCCUCCCUCAAUCGUUCCUCGUCUGCUUCUCUCCCCGAGGAAUCACCCUCCGCCUACAUCUCCAUUCGCCCCUCGAUAGUCGCCGCCCUUUCUUCGCUUACCGCGUUCAUGCACGCCCCGACGGCAGAAUUCCGCCCCACACCAGCGACGCUUGCCGAAUGCGCCCAAGCAGCAUUGGCUCUCGCUUCGCGCGACCGCGGCGCUGUGUCUCGUGCACUCGUUGACGCGCUGGGGAACGUUGUGCGCCUCGCGGAGGAGGAUAUUGACAGGGAAAGGCGGCGAGAGGCAGGAGCCGAGGACUCAGGCGCGCGCCACGACAUCGAUGUCGCGGCGCAGGCGGUGAGGGUGUUGAGGACAUUGUGUACGAUGGGCACAGACACAUCCCCACUUGAAUCUAGCAGGCACCCGGACGAUUAG